CACCUACAAAGAAUUCAUCAUUUCAUCAUGCCUACAAACUCGGAAAAACCUGUCAUCGCCAUUGUCCAAGGCGCAUGGCAUCGCGCAAUUCACUACCAAGGCCUUGUGCAGUCACUUACCAACGACGGCUUCACAGUCCUUCAGCCCGACAACGUCACAGCUGGCAAAGACGAAGACAUCAAGGGAAAGACCCACUUGGACGACGUGGAAGCUAUCCGAAAAUCUCUUCAACCUUUACUUGACAAGGGCCAGAGAAUCAUCUUGGUUUGCCACAGCUACGGAGGCAUCCCGGGUUCCGCUGCGGUUGAGGGUUACCAGGUUCACGAACGAGAGGCAAAGGGUUUGCCUGGUGGUAUUUCUCAUGUAGUGUAUAUCGCGGCGUUUGCUCUUCCUGUAAAGGGUCUUUCUCUUUUGACCGCCGCUGGAGGAACGCAUGGCCCUUUUCUCGAUAGAACGGACGAUAUCUGCUACCUAAAUGACAAAGCACAAAACUCCUUCUACAACGACUGUGCCCCCGAGGUGGCAAGGAAGGCAAUCAGCGAAUGUGUCAAUCAUAGCACUGCGUCCCUCGAAACACCAGCAGACUUUGUCGCUACGGAUAUUACUGUCCCCAAGACGUAUGUUGUCUGUGAGAUUGAUAACACGGUUCCUGUUCAGGGUCAGUUUGCUAUGGUUGGCGGCAUGGGAGAUGGUGUCACCGUGGAGAGGAUAGAAGCUGGGCAUUGUCCGUUUUUGAAUGAGAAGACUCUGCCUAAAGUUGUGGAGAUUAUCGAGAAGGCUGCCCAGUAGAUAUGGCUUGAAGGGUUUUAGGAAGGUUGAGAAGGGGCUCGGAGGCAGAACUCAAGAUAGGGCGAGA